AAGACACGAGUCAGUACACAUGAGUCAGCGGUCGGACAACAAAGCGGAGAAUGGUAGUUUGGUGAUUCAAUUUCUUUCCACGAAGCCUCUGUAUUUCACAUCAAAGCCCUAAUGAGUUCAUAAGCUUCCCAAAUAAAUCCAUUUACUGGGUGAUUCAGAAGAUAUUUCAGUCCUGAGCUUGACAAAAACCAAUGAGCCGUACAGAAGGUUUACCUGGACUUGGUUCAUCAAAGGAUCCACUGCUUUCAGAUCCUGAAUCUGAGGUAGAUGAAGACGAAGAAGCAGAUACUUCUGAGCAGAUACUGUACACAGCCUCCUUUGAUGAACUUGCAGAAAAUAAUCUGCAGUAUGAUACCAUUAUAUGGAUGUCUAUUUCAUUGCUCCUUGUUUUAGCUUGGGGAGUAGGAAUCAUUAUGUUGCUGUACCUUCCCUUCAAGAGAUAUGUGCUUCAGAAAGAUAUUUCAUCUCGUAAAUUACAUGUUACACCUACUCAAAUAGUCUACAAGGUAUCGAGACCUUCAUAUAUUCCAUUUUGGGGAGAUGUGACAGUAGAGAAGCAGGUACCUCUGUCUCUGGUGAUUGAUAUUAUCAUUGAACAAGGUUGCUUGCAAUCGGUUUAUGGCAUCCAUACACUUAGAAUCGAAAGCAUAGCACAUGGAAAAGCUGCACCUGUGGAUGAACUACUAGUUCAGGGAGUCUCUAACCCUGGACUUCUGAGGAAGGUCAUCAUAACAGAAGCUGCAAAGGUUCUACAGGAAGUGGGUACAAAUUGGAAACCUCCUGCUCUCACUGGUGAAGGGGAAAGUGUGGUUCGUAUGACAUCUUUGACAGAGGGACCAGCUGUUCUACUUAGAUCACCAUCAAAAAGUUUGAAGAUAACAGGUUCACCACGCCACACUCCAGCAGAUCGCAAAAGCAUAAUUCCUGGUGAUUUACUACUUAAUAAACUUGAAGAAGUUACCAAAUCAGUAAAGAAAAUUGAGUUUCUAAUUGAGAAAUCCCAAGCCUCUCCAGAAAGCAGCUGAACUGAAGUUAAUAUCAAAACCGCAAUGGCCAAUUAUCUGUUGGGUUGCCAAAUGACUUGCUGAGCAGGGUCAAGGUUGUAGACCUAACUGAUGAAUCUCAGCUAGUCAUCGCCUGUAUUUUUCGUGGGUGGAGUUGGUGUAAUCUUGAAUGUGCAUGUUGUAAUAUUUGGCAAACAAAAUGGAACAUUGUACCCUAUUGAUUUGUUUGAGCUAUUAUUUUGGUUUUAAGGAACUCAUAGAUAGAAGAAUCUCCUUUCCACCA